AUGGUCGACCAUACCCCUCUGAUGACUGCAGAGAGCCUGGUGGACGAGGAUGGAUCGGUGAUCGUGCGUGAUGACCUGGAGGAGCUGCUCAAGGUGCUCCCCCCCGACCUCCGGGGCGGGCUGUGCCAGCACCCCCACCGCGCCUCCCUGCUGGAGGUGGUGCUGGACCUGGGCCGCCGCCCCGAGGCACGCUUUCUCAACCAGGCGGGCGGCGAGGUGUUACGCGAGCGCCCGGUGGACCGCGCCGACCUGGACCGCGCCAUGGCGGCGGUGGGCGAGUUCGGGGGCGACAACCGCGCGGGCAUCACCGGCACGCUGCACCGCAUCAGCGCCAUCCGCAAUCGCAAGGGCAGCGUGGUGGGGCUGACCUGCCGCGUCGGGCGUGCGGUGACCGGGCACAUGGACAUGCUGGCCGACAUCCUGCAGGCCGACCCCACCUCCCUCCUGUUCCUGGGUCGCCCCGGCGUGGGCAAGACCACCGUCAUCCGUGAGCUGGCGCGGUCGCUGGCGGACGAUCACGCACGCCGCGUCAUCAUCAUCGACACCAGCAACGAGAUCGGCGGCGAUGGGGAUGUGCCCCACCCGGGCAUCGGCGGCGCGCGGCGCAUGCAGGUGCCGGACCCCAGCGCGCAGCACGCGGUGAUGAUUGAGGCGGUGGAGAACCACAUGCCCCAGGUGGUGAUCGUGGACGAGAUCGGGACGGCGGCGGAGGCGCUGGCCUGCCGCACCAUCGCGGAGCGGGGGGUCAUGCUGGUGGCCACCGCGCACGGGCAGACGCUGGGCAACCUGAUCAAGAAUCCGACGCUGAGCGACUUGGUGGGGGGCGUGACCAGCGUGACACUGGGCGACGACGAGGCGCGGGCGCGGGGGAGCCAGAAGUCGGUGCUGGAGCGCUGCGCGCCCGCUACCUUCCCCGUGGUGAUCGAGAUGCGCGAGCGCGCGCGCUGGGUCACGCACUGGGUGGAGGAGAGCGUGGACUGCCUGCUGGCGGGGCGCACGCCCAUGGUGCAGCUGCGCACGCGCGACGCGCAGGCGGGCGGCGUCGUGGUCGAGCGCGCACGCUACGACGCAGGGGGUGAGGAGAGGGGUUGGAAGGAAGGGGGUGGGUAG